UUCGUUGUUGGGGUUCACUUGUUCAUGUGACAAACUCGUGUGCUUUGCCUUAUAAAUCGAUCUACAUACCGUCAUAGCUAUAGAAAGACAAACUUACCUACCUAGGCCUAGCCUACAUCAGAUAAAAUAAGUUUUCUUGGUUAGCCCGGCCCUGACACCAUAAAAUCCACAAAUAAAUAUAUUCAAAGUAAGUUAGGUUACCCAAGUGGUUAGAAAAGUGUAGUGCAAUUAGACCUAAGUGUACUUAACUUUGGCUAACUUACCGCCUAGGGACCUAACUUAAGUUAUUUUUUAACUUUUUUUUAUUAUCAGUAACAGUUAACCUAAAAUGACAGUAUUGAAAAAAGUAUUGGCCACAGGAAUAUCAGCUUGUGGCGGGGGUUUAGUCUUGUAUUCUUUAUAUAAUCAGAAUUUAGAGAAAUUUAAAGUGAACGCAUCUUGGACAACUAACUACACCCCUCAAGUGCCCUGGGAUUUCAAUUGGGACAGGAGAAAUCCUGAAAGCCUUGUGAAGCCCUGUAAAGGAAAGGAAGAUGAAGCCAGGUACAACGCAGAAAUAGCAAAUGCAACCCCAACUGCUAAGCGUCACAUCAUUUUGAUCCGUCACGGCCAGUAUAACUUGGACGGAAAAAGUGAUGUUGAAAAAUUCCUCACGCCAAUAGGUAAGGAGCAGGCGGCAAUGACGGGUAAGCGGUUGAAGGAGCUCGGCCACAACUACACGCAUCUGACUGUGUCCACUAUGACCAGGGCUAAAGAGACGGCUUCCAUCAUACAGGGCUUCUUGCCGUCCAGUGUGAAAGUGACUCAUUGCUCCAUGCUGGAGGAGGGCGCACCCAUACCUCCCGAACCACCAGUGGGCGACUGGCGCCCUGAACCUCAUCAGUUUUUUCAAGACGGAGCUCGCAUCGAAGCAGCUUUUAGGGAGCACAUUCACAGAGCAAGUCCUAAACAGAAGGAAGACUCCUACGAAGUUAUUGUGUGUCAUGGAAACGUCAUAAGAUUUUUUCUCUGCAGGGUACUUCAAUUCCCGGCAGAUGCCUGGUUGAGGAUUUCUCUUCGUCAUGCUAGCCUCUCGAUCUUAACGAUUCUCCCAAGUGGUCGAGUGGUUCUACGUUCUGUUGGAGACACUGGACAUUUCCCCCCUCAACUCCUCACAUCAACGUAAACACAACGUGCAGUACAACUCGCACACCAAUCAGUAUACAGUUAUAUCUAGCAUUAUUAGAAAUUGUAUCUUGAGAGAAAAAACGAAUCUGUAAAAUUAUAAUUUAAUGUUGUGUGUUUGUUGACAAUUAAGUCUGGUUUGGUAAUUUUGUAUCUCUGCCAUUUAAGUUUGUAAUUUGGUUGAUCAAAAUAGCGUUAAAGGAUGAUCAUGUUAACUGUUUGAAUAAUAUUUAUUUCCGAAAUAAUAUACCAAGAUUAGAAUGAUUCUGAGAAGCUGAAAACAGAACAAAUGAUAAUACAUGUGAUUAAAAGUGCUUCAAAUGCAAAAACUUUUAUAUUGAUGGAAUAAGUGAGGACUUAGUAAUGUUUGUGAUAAAAUACACUCCAAUGCAGGGAUGAAAAACAAAAUGGGCUCUGUUAAGUUGUAUCAUGAAA